ACACCACACGCCCCGACAUCCACCAUGAACUCCCUUCGUGUCGCCCGAAGCGCCCUCCGCGCACGCCCUACCGCUUUCAAGGCCGCUGUUGCGGCUCCGGCUCUCAGGCGCGGAUAUGCCGAUGUUGCGUCGGAUAAGAUUCAGUUGACGCUGGCUCUGCCUCAUCAGGCUGUCUACAAGUCGCAGGAUGUCGUCCAGGUCAACAUCCCCGCCGAGUCCGGAGAGAUGGGUGUGCUCGCCAGCCACGUUCCUUCGAUCGAGCAGCUGAAGCCCGGUCUUGUGGAGGUGAUUGAGGAGAAUGGUGGGAGCAAGCAGUUUUUCUUGUCUGGUGGCUUCGCAACCGUGCAGCCAGGCUCUGUCUUGAGCAUCAACGCUGUGGAGGGAUACCCGCUCGAGGACUUCAGCGCCGACGCUGUGAGGAACCAGAUCGCCGAGGCACAGAAGAUUGCCCAGGGAGGUGGCAGUGAGCAGGACGUUGCUGAGGCUAAGAUCGAGCUCGAGGUUCUCGAGAGCCUUCAGGCAUCUUUGAAGUAGACCAUUCGCGUGUAUAUACCUCUCUGUAAACCAUCUGAGCGCAUGCGAGAAGUUUGAAGAAAG